AUGGUGACAGACGUUGCAGAUGCCAUGAUUCUCAACCGCCUUUUCAAGCACCUGUUUGACAGAGGACUGGUGCUCGUCGCAACAUCCAAUCGCCCCCCAAUACGCCUCUACGAGAACGGCCUGCAACGCGACCUCUUCCUCCCCUUCAUCGCCCUCCUCCAGGUGAGUUCCCAGCUCCCUCUCAGGUGGCCUUUCACUCCCUCUCAGGUGGCCUUUCACUCCCUCUCAGGUGGAGCAGGGGUGGUACUUCACAUGGGGCCAGGGGCAGCAGAGCUGUUGCGGAAAAUGGUGGAGCUGCUGGUGGGAGGGGCGGAGCUGCCGAGUCUGAAUGAAGGGGACUGUAACCUCUCCCCUUCUCACCCUCCCUUUCCCACCCUCCCCUCCCACCCUUCCACCCUGAGUGAGCUGUCCACCCUCCCUUCCUACUCCCCCAACCUCUCCCCUUCCACCAUGCGAGCAGGUGGAGCAGGGGUGGUACUUCACGGGCCCAGGGGCAGCAGAGCUGCUGGCGAAGAAGGUGGAGCUGCUGGUGGGAGGCGCGGAGCUGGCCCCUGUGGACGUGGAAGUGCUCAUGGGGAGGAAACUCAGAUGCUUAUGGGACGGAAACUCAGAGUGAGUGGCUCUUUUGCCUUCAUUACCUUCACUCUCACUCGGCGGUGCUUCUCGCUCAUCAUGGGAGGGGCGGAGCUGGGCCCUGUGGACGUGGAGGUGCUCUUGGGGCGGAAACUCAGGGUGAGUGGCUUCCUCUUAUUCUUUUGCUCUCACUCAUUUGCUUCCCACUCUCUUCACAUGGGAGGGGCGGAGCUGCGCCCUGUGGACGUGGAGGUGCUCAUGGGCCGGAAACUGAGAGUGCAACGAGCAGCCAGGGGAGUGGCUGAAGUCAACUUCUUUGAGCUCUUUGUGGUGCACCUUGGUGCUGCAAGGUGCCCCUCGGUGCUGCAAAAUCUCCCUCCUCGUUCUCCACUUACUCCCUCCCCUCCAAAUGCCCACCAUCAGGUGCAACGAGCAGCCAAGGGAGUGGCAGCAGUGCACUUCUUUGAGCUUUGUGAAGUGCCUCUCGGUGCGGCUGACUGCUCUCUCCCUCUAUCCCCCUCGCCUCCUCCCCUUUCGCCCUCCUCUCCAUCCCCUCUCUCUCCAUCAGGUGCAACGAGCAGCCAGGGGAGUGGCAGCAGUGCACUUCUUUGA